AUGCCCGAGCAUGAUGGCCUCAUGAGAAUAUUUUGGCCGGUGGACGUUCCAAGAUCCAAUUCACCAGGGAUAAUAGUUGGUUGGAGGAACUCGGGACUCGAUGUCUUCGUGGUGGCGAUAUUGGAGGAUGUCGAUGCACGUAGCGUGGAGAACGCUUUGAAGGUGGGAACCCUAUUUCGAAAUGCGAGCCAUCCGAUCGAACGAAUCUAUGCUUUAUGCGGGCAGUCUGCAAUGCAUGUUCUAGGACUCGCGAACAGCCCAGGGGUUGAGAUCGAGAAUCUACAAAUGCACGCAACAACCCGGCCGAAUCUCAAAACACCCCAGAUAUCUUGUGCUCGAGCAGCUACGAUCCAGAUUAUCAUGUUUGACCGCCCCCUCCCAACCAGGAUGCAAUACAUCUCUCUGAGUUCAAUAUCACUGGCCUUGGGCGACAAAUCUGAAAUGGCAAUCCAUGAGCCAGGAAGUGUAGAUGCCGAAGAGGAACGAGAAGAGAUGAAGGACAGGCAAAGAACAAAAAAGUUGGUCGAGAAGUUGAAGUUCCAUACCGUCACAAAUCACCGUCCCUCGCAGAAGGAGCUUGCCCUGCGGAGAAUCGUCAACCAGAUCAAUUGCUCGUGGGAGCUGCAUAAACUUCUUCAGAAGAACAUAUCACUAGUUGGGAGACGUUCACGGCGGAGUUUAAGCGUGUCAGAGAGGGUUGUGGAAUCAGCGACAACGAUGAGAGAUUUUGUUCUUGUUGCGAUUUGGCAGAUCAUAACAGUCUAUAUCUACCCAAUUCUACGACGGGGGUUUGUCAUCGGUUUGCUCUGUCACCGGGUGGCUGCCGAGGCUCUGCUCCUUGUUCUGGAGUGGAGAGCGAAGCCAGACUACGCAGCAUUGAAAGAUAUAUCAGCAACAGCUCAACAGGUGGAGAUUCGUCUUCAGCAGUUCUGCUUCUGGCCUCAUCAAUAUGUUACGUUGCGGAAGCGUAAAGACGAUUGGCAGAGUGUUACAGAUAGCCACCCAGAAUACAUUAGAUUCUACCAGAGUCUCUGGCUAGUUCUCAAUGACAUCAUCAUCGGCAUUGCCCUGGGUUCUUAUAUUAUCGAUCAUCAUGAAUUUCUAGCUGAACGGAUCAGCGAGAUACUCAGCUUGUAUUCGAUUGCAGCACUGCAACGUACAAUUGACUGGCUUAUGGAUUGGCCAGCCGGGCUGAAACUCAACAAUGAACUGGCUGCUUUUCUCGGCGACCUCUUUCUUUGGGUCAUUGAUCAUUGGUCGAAUUGUAUAGAAGCUCUGCGACCGGUGCUACCUCAUAUCAUUUUGUUCAUCGGAUUUUCAAGUUUUGCCGGUGCUAGUAUGCCAAUUGCGCUCUUCUCGGAUAUGCUGUCAAUCCUGACUCUUCAUAUCUACUCCUUUUACUUGGCUUCAGCCAGAAUCUUCAACUGGCAGUAUACCAUACUUCUCUCCCUCUUUCAACUCUUUCGUGGCAAAAAGCACAACGUUCUCAGGAAACGAAUUGACUCCUGCGACUACGAUCUCGAUCAACUCCUUCUAGGCACCAUCUUGUUUACCCUGCUCUUCUUCCUCCUACCAACAGUAGUUGUAUUUUACCUUACGUUUGCAUGUUCACGAAUGGCGAUCAUCUCGCUGAAGGCGGCGCUAGAUACUUUGCUUGCAUGUCUGAACCAUUUUCCGCUUUUUGCUCUCAUGUUACGAAUUAAAGACUCACAGAGACUGCCAGGUGGCAUUUGCUUUGAACUUCGAGAUACCCAACAAUUUUCUGGACUUUUCCCUAAUGUUCCCACUCCACCGCCAACUUCGUACAUAUUUCUCAAAUCUGUACCCCUCACCUUCCGUGCGAUGUUUCAUCAAUACUUCCAACUCGGCCACCGCAUCCGCAAACACUACCUCUCACCCCGUGUGCUCCUCUGUCUCGCAACUGGCAAAUUCGUGCCGCCUAUCCACCGUAAGAACUUGUACAGUCUUCAAUACAGCAUGCUGCCUGCUCGUCGCGCGGGGAUCAUGGAUAUGUGGCAUGCGUUGACUGCCCAAACCCCUGCUAAGAAGUCAGGGCUGUAUGACAACCUGAAAGUAAAUGGGAAACGACUGAAUGGGAGUGGGAGGAGGCAUUACGGCCACUGA